ACGCCACGAAAAAGGGAGUGAGGUUGCAGUGUUUUGUGAGUGUGUGUGUUUGCACUGUGCGAUAGCUUCAUCGCAGCCAACCCAUUCCCGCUUCUGAUUAACAUCAACAAGAAUUGAGUGCCUGGAUGCGAGUUCUACACACACACCCACCAUUAGCUGGAUGUUGCUUUGAUAUUCUAACAAUCUAUUAGGUUCGCAACUAAUUCUCGUUUUCUGAAUUCACGACCCACAAUCGAGCUUCAAGAAUUUCCUACCAGCAACAAUCGCUGCAAAAGCUGUCGUUGUAGGAUUCUCUGGAUAUCGUCGCAAGCCAGGCGGUUGUUUUUGGAUUGCGCGCUCAUUACAGAGUGUGCAGAAUACAUCGCUGGUGAAAUAGAUUGGCAGAAAUCAAAACAACCAGGUUACUUCUGUGGUUGAACAUCCGGGACUUUUUGGAAACAAUAUUAGGAUUAUGGCGCACGGUGGGAUCUGCAUCCUCCUGGUGGCUUGGGUGAUGUCAGCAAGUCAUCUUUGCUUGGUAACAUGCACCGAAGAGGGCGCCCUUCAGCUAAUCGAUGGUGAAACUGGUUUCCAAGGAAUCUUGCGGAUAUUCCACAAUGCAGCAUGGGGAACGAUCUGUGCAACCGGCUGGGACUUCAACGCAACUCAAGUAGCAUGUCGGCAACUAGGAUACCCCGGGGCAGCUCUUUCGUCUAUCCCGUUUGAUAUUGUGCCACCAAGCGGUGAUGUAUGGCAUAAUAAUGUUAAAUGCCGAGGAAACGAGGAGACAUUAGAGGACUGCCAAAGCGAAGGAAUGGUCGCCAGGACGGACUGCCUUCAAGGAGCAGGUCUCGUAAAAAUACAAUGUCAAGUAUCAAACUACCUAGGAUGUAUUGCCGUGGAUGACGGGUCGCCCGCCCUCACCGGCAAGUCCCAACCCAAGGAUCCUGACGACCUCAGUGUUGUUUCAUGUAUAGAAAAAUGCCGCAUGGGUGGCUUCCAGUAUGCCGCGGUCCAAGCACCAUCUUCCUGUGACUGCGGGACGUAUGGAGAGAAGCCUGCCGAAAUGGGAGGGGAGCACCUCGAAAAAUGCAACCUCUCUUGUCCUGGAGGGGACAUGGAGAUAUGCGGUGGUCCAUCCCAUGCCAGCGUAUACGACGUUAGCCAAGGAAGUUGUGGAGGCAAGACGAUGGGUAAGAACAUCAGCAUCGUCUCCCCGGGGUUUCCAGGGAAGUACUCUGCUGGCUUCACCUGUCGUUGGGAGGCCACGAUCACAGGGAACUCCUUUACCACCGUCAGGAUGCCUGUUCUGAGCCUCACCGGCGGUGAUAAAGUGGUCAUUACCCAAGGAGGGGAAACUCGUACAGUGGUGGCAGAGGAUACUUUUGAAGAGACUGUAGUUGAAGGAGUUACCAAGGUGACCGUGCUCUUCACGUCGGAAGCUGACUCGGCAGGGGCGGGAGGGUUCAUGUUAACGUUCACAGAUGACAGUUACUGCCCUCCUGCGGAAAUUACCAAUGGUAGUCUGCUGGUCGAUGACGUCAUGUAUCGGCCAAGGGAUAUAGUCGAAGUGCAGUGCGACCCCGGCUUCAUGCCCUAUCGUAAAUUUACCACAUGCUCAAAGUCAGGCGAUUGGUAUCCAGAGCCUCGGUGUAUUGUGUACAAUAAAUGGAACUCCUGGGAAUUUAGAAGAACGAUACUAUUUAUUUCAUUGAUUGCUGUAUGCGUCUUAUUCUUGAUGUUCAUGCUGACUAUAUGCUAUCUGUUGUGUGGAGACACUAAAAAGAAACAUGAUGGCAGAUAUUACGGGAUCAACACGGACAGUGGAGAGCGGCAUACCCAUGACGGGGAGACCAGCCCGAAGGAGGAGUACAAGGCGGUAGGAAUGGAGGAUGCAGGAGACAUAGACGAGGAGGGCCGAGAAGCAGUCAUUCCGCUAGCUUCUGAGGUCGAUGUUUAGUGUUUGUAUAGCGAGGUGUCAGCUUCUCGGCGACCAUGCUUGCGCGCCAAUGCAAACGCUCAGCUUGCUAUCUGGCUGAAACAGCAUGAGUUCACAAAAUGUGCUUUCUAUUAUUUUGUCAUGGUUUAUCUCGGACCAACUAGCUCACCCGGAUAUUAUUCUCUUCGGAUGACGUUCUGGAUAGCUGGCCGUGAUGGUCCAUGGCCUAUGUAUGUAAGUUGGUCCCGGAGUACGAGAUAUGACAGGUCAUGUUAAAAGUAAAUUUUCUCGUAUGGUGGUGUGCCGUC